AGACUGAAAGUAAUUUUCUCCAUCUCCGCACGCUCUUACGCUCUUGUUCGCCUCUUGCUCUUGUUCGCCUCGCUCAACCUAUCCGAGAUCGAAUUGCCAAUAAUGCAGACGCCGGGGAUCGCUGCCGCUGCUCCCCUCUCCCCUUCCCUCUUCCUCCGCUCCCUUCCCUCCGUCGCCCCUCUCUCUUUACCCUCUUUGUCCACCCGCCGCCCUGCCGCAUCCGUCCUCCUUCCUUUUAGGGUUAUAUACCGUGUCACGUGCCAGGCCGUCCUCUCCGCCGAUGUCUCCUCCUCUUCCGAGAUAGAGGAGGAGGAGGAGGAGCGGGCGGCGGCUAAGAUCGGGAAAAGAGUUCGGGUCACCGUGCCACUGAAGGUUUGCCACGUGCAGAAGGCGCCCGAUCUGGAUCUCGACGGCCUGGAAGGGGUGAUCAAGCAGUACGUUGGGAUUUGGAAAGGGAAAAGGAUCUCCGCCAAUCUCCCAUUCAAGGUUGAAUUCCAAAUCGAGUUCGAAGGGCAAACCCGCCCAGUCAAGUUCAUCUCUCAUCUCAAGGAGGAUGAGUUCCAGUACAUGGAUUGAACCGAGGGUUUGUAUUUCGGUCUCAAAAAGAUGGAGAUUUCAUAUUUUUGAGAAGGAAGAUGCUUUGGUGGAACAGCUUAAUUUCUCUCAAUUCAUAAUUGGCAAAAUCAUGUGCCUAGAUUGUGUGUGCGCGCGCGUGUGAGAACAACAACACUUGUACAAGCCUUUUUGGUAGUUAGUUAAUCUACAUCAUGUUUUGCUUUGUUAAGACAUCUUCAACUAUUCUCUUGAUAGACCUCGAUGCUAAUGUUAGUCGUCAAGUUUGCACCUGAUGAUGAAAUAUAUUUUGAGCAUGCCUACUCACUGAGAUGUGAAUGUACUGGUUCUAGACAACUGUUGUAAACACUCGACGUGCAUUCACAACUUGCAGCAUGAUUGCUUCAACCCUUUUGUGCUUGUGCUUGUGGUUAGUCUCGAUGAUUGCUGAUUAGAUUGUCAGUGCGUAAAUUGUUUAGCCCGGAAACAUCACAUUGCUGUAGUUUGUUAUCGAUAUGCAGAUGUGACAUUUAAGAUUCUGUAAAUAUAUAUGAGCUUGAAGAUCCUUGCAUAUAAUAGACAUUCUAUAUCUGUGAGCUACAAAGCAGUUCAUAUUUGUUUGAAGCUUCUUAUGCUGAUCGUCUUCAAUCAGUUCUUCCGCCAAAUUUUUGUUGAGGCCUUUGCCGAAUAGCAUA